UGUAAAAUGCUGGUGCAGAUUUUUUUUCUCUCUAUCACUCUAACCUUCUGUGUUGAUACAUGAAUGCUGGUACCCACUUACAGGGAUGCCAGAUGAUCAGUGCAGAAUGUAGGUCCCAAGAGAAAGGAUCACAUGGUUUUCUCUGCCUUGUGACGUCACUAGCAGAUGGCAUGGGUACCAGCUCUGGCAGUUGGCAUCAAUGUCACUUUUUAGAGAUCAAUGAGAUAGUGCAGAUAUACACAGAUCUAGACUCCAGGAGACGAUGCGACAUUCAGACUGAAAAGAUUUGGAAGGCAAAAAAUGAAAACUGAUUGUUGAAUGAAAUAAAAAGCUAAGGUAACGUAAGAUUAUAGAACCAUGUUAACACUACCGUUUGAUGAGUCUGUUGUAAUGCCAGAAUCCCAGAUGUGCAGAAAGUUUUCCAGAGAAAGUGAGGACCAAAAGCAAAUUAAAAAUCCAGAAAGCUUUUCAAAGCAGAUUGUACUCCGAGGAAAGAAUAUCAAAAGGGCCGCUGGCGAAGAUACAGAAAAAGAAGAGGAGGAAGAAGACAGAGAGGAGGAGGAUGAGAAUGGUUUACCUAGAAGGAGGGGCCUUAGGAAAAAAAAGACAAGCAAGAUAAGAAUGGAGAGGAUCAAAUUCAGGCGACAAGAAGCCAAUGCUAGAGAAAGGAACAGGAUGCAUGGCCUUAAUGAUGCUCUGGACAAUUUAAGGAAAGUGGUCCCUUGUUAUUCUAAAACACAAAAACUGUCUAAAAUAGAAACAUUGAGAUUAGCCAAAAACUAUAUUUGGGCUCUUUCUGAAAUCCUGCGAAUUGGCAAGAGACCUGACUUACUCACGUUCGUCCAAAACCUGUGCAAAGGUCUGUCCCAGCCAACUACAAACUUGGUGGCGGGGUGCCUGCAGCUGAAUGCUAGAAGUUUCUUGAUGGGUCAAACUGGUGAAACUGCCCAUCACACAAGGUCACCAUAUUCCAGCUUCUAUCCUCCCUACCACAGCCCUGAGCUCAGCACUCCCCCAGGGCAUGGAACUCUGGACAAUUCCAAGUCUAUGAAACCCUACAAUUACUGCAGUACUUACGAGUCCUUCUAUGAAAGCACUUCCCCUGAGUGUGCCAGCCCACAGUUUGAAGGUCCCUUAAGUCCUCCCCCAAUUAACUAUAAUGGGAUAUUUUCCCUGAAGCAAGAAGAAGGCUUGGACUAUGGCAAAAAUUACAAUUAUGGCAUGCAUUACUGUGCAGUGCCACCCAGGGGUCCCCUUGGGCAGAGCUCCAUGUUCAGGUUGCCUACAGAGAGCCACUUCCCUUACGACUUACAUCUGCGCAGCCAGUCUCUCACCAUGCAAGAUGAAUUAAAUGCAGUUUUUCAUAAUUAAUGAGGAAAAUGAAAAUAAACAGUGGUCAUUCACCUCCCCAUCUAAUUAAGAUAAAGCAGAUGCUUGUGCACUACGUAAUUGGCACAACUCUAUUUAGCGUGUUUACUAGUUUCUAAAGUGUGUUUCAACUAUUGUGGGAAUUUUCUAUGUAAUAAUAACUCUUUUUUCCUAUAAGUAUUUUUCCUUUUUUUUUUGUCUGUAAACACUGUGAGAUUCUGUUUCUUACCAGAGAAUUUCCCCCACCCCCUGCCUUUUUCUCCCUGUUCGCUUGAUUUGUUGAACAGUGUGUCUAAACAAUAUCAUUGAAAUAAAGGCAUACACACUGUAUAAAGUCAAUGUCUAUUUUGAUUGUACAAUUUGUAAUUAUACAAAUGCAUGUUAUUACAUUCAGAUGAAUAAAAAUAAUGUAUUUAUAAUGAGUAGAAAUUAUAUAUUAUGUAUUUAAGAAAUGGAUUUUAAAAAUUCUGAAGAAUUUUAAAAAUCUAUCCCUGAAUUGAGAUGGGCUUGUGGGUGUAGGGGUUGGGGGACAGCAAUAUUUAAAGCUAUGCAAAAAUAAAAAAAAUGUUGGAGGAUGAGAGGCCUGUAAGAUUAAAAAAAAGGUGAUCACCACUGACUGUUUGCUGACAGGGGCUAAAUAAUGUUAGACAAUGUUGUCAAAAUUUCACAUCAGUUACUCUAAACCUAAUCAUACAAUAUCAGCACCUUUUUGUAUUAUUCUGAUUUCAGAUGUAAAGGUUUGUUAUAACAAUGUAUAACUGUGGUUUCGCACUACAUAUUUUAAAUGCAAUUAAACAGAGAUGUUUCCACUUUUAAA